GCGCACUUCCCACUUUAUCCCCGCAUUCAAGGGGUAACAACGUUACAGGAUGAAUCAUACUUCUGAUUCGUGAAAUAUCAAACCUAAGUUAAAUUAUUUAGCACCUCUGUGACUUGACAGCGAAUAAAGACAGUUGAGAACUUUUCCGCGUGCGUGCACGUGUACGCGGCGUGGAUUUCCAUCCAUACAGCGCCUGUCCGUCCACACGCCGCACACCACGUCCCCCUGAGCCCCGAGGAGGAGCGCAGAAGGCAGGGCAGCCGGUCUACGACAUGGCGAAAGAAAGAGCAGGCAUGACGGAGGAGACGCAGUACAUGAUGGACCGGAUCGUCACGAAAGAACCCGAAAACGUGCCGACGUCGGGCGAUGCUAAAGAAAUGCGAGCGGUCGUGUUGGCAGGUUUUGGAGGUCUAAACAAACUCAGGGUGACCAAGAAGCCAAUGCCCGAGCCUCAGGAUGGCGAAGUGAAGAUACGCGUCAAAGCCUGCGGCUUGAAUUUCCUGGAUCUGAUGGUACGUCAGGGGACAAUCGAUAACCCUCCAAAACCUCCCCUUGUCCCUGGAUUUGAAUGCUGUGGAAUAGUAGAGUCAGUUGGUGAAAACACAACCGGAUUUGAGAUAGGCGACCGAGUUAUGGCUUUUGUCCAUUACAAUGCCUGGGCAGAAAUUGUUUGCACGCAGGUGGAUUUUGUCUACAAGAUGCCAGAGGAAAUGAGUUUUGCUGAGGCGGCUGCAUUCUCCCUGAACUUUGUGGCCGCCUAUAUGAUGCUCUUUGAGGUUGCUAAUCUGCGGGAGGGGAUGUCAGUGCUGGUACAGUCAGCAGGAGGUGGUGUAGGUCAAGCAGUGGCUCAGCUGUGCUCAACUGUGCCUAAUGUGACCGUGUUUGGGAUCGCCUCGUGUUUCAAACAUGCGGCCAUCAGAGACUCUGUGACUCACCUCUUUGACAGAAACGUUGAUUACAUACAAGAGGUGAAAAAGAUUUCUCCAGAGGGAGUGGACAUUGUGUUGGACUGUCUGUGUGGGGACAACACAGGGAAAGGCCUGACUCUGCUCAGGCCUUUGGGAACCUACAUACUCUACGGCGCAUCAAACAUGGUAACUGGGGAAACAAAGAGUUUCUUCAGCUUUGCAAAAUCUUGGUGGCAGGUGGAGAAGGUGAACCCUAUAAAACUAUACGAGGAGAACAAGGUCAUAGCGGGAUUCUCGCUGCUUAACCUUCUCUUCAAACAUGGGAAAUGUAGUCUUGUGAAAUCCGUGAUGGACAAACUCUUGUGUCUCUAUGACCAAAAGAAGAUCAAGCCGGUCGUGGACUCCCUAUGGGCGCUGGAGGAGGUAAAAGAGGCCAUGCAGAGAAUCCAUGACAGAGGCAACAUUGGGAAACUUAUCCUGGAUUUUGAGAAGUCUCCCACCCCUCUGAUGGCCAGCGACAGCACAGAGACCAGCGAGGCAGGAGAGGAAGAGGAGGAGCCAGAGGGCGAUAACGACAGCAAGGAGCGAAUGCCUUUCAUCCACUGAAAAGACGUAGCGACUGCAGAGGCUGCGCACACUCACCAGAGGAACACGACAGCACGUGUGUGUGUAUGCAUGCGCUGUAUGCAUGAAUGGAUGUAUGUACAGUUUAUGUUUGCAUCUUCGUCUUUUACCUCUACAUUGUUCGUCAGCUUAAUGGUCAAGAAAAGGUUUUGAGUGAACCAAAACAAACAACAACAACAUGUUUGUCACCCAGGCAGACAGGUGCAAGUUCCAUUGUCAAUAUAGUAUUUUAUUAUUUAUGGUCUUAUGAAGUCAUGUAAUGCUGGCCCAUAGUGUAAUUGCGUCUAUUUCACAAUGAAUAACCGUGUAUUGACUGAAUGAUCAUUAAAUCCUGCUGAGUAGCUAUUAUCACUUUAGAAACUGAGUUACUAAUGCAAACAAAGAUCACACAUUAUAACAAGCUUCAAUUCAAAGUCCUAACGCUUCACAACCCAGAGCUAUUUGAUUCUCACCUCUCCUCAGUGAUGACAGCUGUAAAAUAAAAGCAAACGAUUAAUACACGUUUGAGAAAAUGACAACUCCAAAGUUUUGAUGCUUCCUACCGAGAGAGUGAGUUGCCUUUUUAUGUUACAACAGUAAUGUGCACAAGAGGUAGAGAAGUCUGUGCGUAGAUAUUUACAUCAUGUUUCAUUCUUAAGGCCCAACUUGUGUUAUAUGGAAUGACCAGUGCCUUCAAGCUACACAGCAGCGUUUGGUACUUGAAAUGCUCUUUGUCCAAUGUUUGUAUCGAACAAACCAACAGCAUAGGUAUUUUCAACUGGAAUAGAAAAGGAGAUGUUAAAUCUAUUAACUGAAUCUGCGGUGCCACCAGAUACCUUUUUACAUGGUCGGUUGUUGUUCCCCUCUUCACUGUAUAUUCAGAACUUUGUAUAUGACAGCAUACAGUGGUACAUUUAGGGAAAGGUCACAGACCUUAUAUAUACUGUAUGUAAAUACAAGAAAACAUAGUAUAAAUCAGUGAAUCAGUCAGUCACUAAUUCGCUUGUCUGAUCAUUGUUUACUGGUGCCUCACAACAAAAGUGCCAUACGACUCCAACAUAAGUAUUUUUCCCAAUGUGUUGGUUUGUCAUGGGGGCGCUGCUCAGACCUACGUCUGAGAAACUUGUAUUUCUUUGUUUAAGUCCAAUGCUUUCUGCUGUACUCCAAAUCAUACACAUAUUCAAUGGACUGUUUUCAUUUUCAAUUAUUUUAAGUAAAAACACAUUGUUUUUACUAAUUCUCCGGCCUUAUUCAGUGUGCUUUAUAUUGGCCAGUCGUCUGAAUUGUUCAUUACGUUACUUGAAUUAAUAAAUUAAAAUCAGCAUAUGUGUCAAAAAGUAUUUUCUCAAAUAUGAAACAAGGAAACAAAUCACAUAAUCGUGCCAUUUUAAGAAAUACAAUACUUGUAUCAACGUAGUAUCCCCAUUACCAACACUGCAUGCUUUGAAGUUCAAUGAUAAACGCUGGAGAGACAACUUUCUUUUUUCUCAUUUCAGAGGUUGACUUGUAGACUAGGAAGUAAGGAUAAUGAUGCUUUUGAUGCCCUUUAGUGUCAGGUCUGUUGUGUGUGUCUGUGUGCGAGAGAGAAAGUGCAUGUUUUUUGAGUAUAUUGUUAAAAAAGAAUAGAAGGGUUUAUCGCUGUAGUUUGUUCACAAAAUCCCGUAUAAACUAAUUAACCUGUGGUCGUAUAUAUUUUUGUCAUAUUUUCUCUUUUAUAUUUUCUUUGAGAAAGUGCACCUCUGUUUACUUGAAUAAAUGUAUCAGCAAAGUAUGUCGCAAUUGGGUCUCUGCUUCAGUUCAAUAUUUUUAUUUAUUUCACAUGAGAUUCAUAUGCUCCACUUUUUCUCCUUCAAUAUAUCAUCCAAUAAAUGUAACAUGGACUACUGAUGAAAUACCUAUUCUGUACAGUCCCUAUGUUUGGCACCAGAUGGCAACAAAGUAAAGGAUUUUUUAAAUUUA